AUGUCGUGGCUUGCAAGGCCCUCCCGCUGCCUGAGCAGGGUCAGCCCAACAACUCGACUCGGCGCUCCUGUAUCAACAUGCCGCUCCUCUCAACGAUGCAUUCAGGGCGCAUCAGCCGUCGCUCAAGAUCAUCACUCUAGUCACACAUCUUCCGCCGUUGGCGAUGGCUCCUCCUCAUUUCUCCCGAAUCACACACCAUCGGCGGCGCAACGUCCCCGCCCUGUAACCAAUCCCAUCGACGACCUAAUCGCUCAGACACCCAUCGUACAAGCCCUCCGCCGCGAUCCUGCCUAUAUCGAAUCCCGCCCCCAUCUCGCAAUGAACCCCAGCCUCCGGCCUAACCACUUCGUCGCAGGACCCAACUCUGGCCCAGGCAAGAUCACCGUCCCGCCCUAUGUUUGGAUGGCGAAGAACCCGCGCACCGCCGCAGGAGCGACGACCAGCCGCAUGGUGUCGGUAUUCCAUAUCGGAGCGCAGCUCUGCGGUCAUCCGGGGUUCGUGCACGGCGGUCUGCUGACGGUGAUGUUCGACGAGGCGUUUGCGCGAUGCGUUUCGACUUCGUUUCGCAGUGGGCUGGGCAUGACGGCUAACCUGAACGUGGAUUUCCGGAAACCCGCGCUGCCGGACCGACUCUAUGUGCUUCGGGCGGAGACGGUCAAGGUCGAAGGCCGGAAGGCGUGGGUCGAGGGGACGUUAACCUCGUUGCCGCCUGUGGGCGACACGAGUGAGCCGGUUAUGGUCGCCGAGGGCAAGGCUUUGUUCGUAGAACCGAAAUUCGCAGAGUCCAUGAUCCCCUUGUACAGAGGCUGA